AUGGAAGCCAAACUGGAUAUCCCCAACAAUAAUGAUAAGCAACAGAUUGACCAAGAAAUCAAAGCUAUCGACUACAUCCAAAGGGCACAGUGGCUCAGAGCUGCAGUGCUUGGAGCAAGCGAUGGGUUGGUCUCCACAGCAUCUUUAAUGAUGGGAGUGGGAGCUGUAAAUCAGGAUGUGAAAUCCAUGAUUAUUACUGGUUUUGCAGGGAUGGUCGCCGGAGCAUGUAGCAUGGUGAUCGGAGUAUUCGUGUCGAUGGUUACAUUUCUACAGUACUCUCAGUAUGACAUAGAGCUUUCUGAAACGAAGAGACAACAUAAAGCUUCAGAUGAUGGAAAAGAAAGUUUGGAUGAGAGCGAGAAGGAAGACCUUCCAAACCCAUUCACGGCGGCUGGAGCAUCUGCCCUAGCCUUUGUUGUUGGAGCUGUUGUGGCACUAUUAUCAGCUUCUUUUAUACAGAAUUAUAAGGCUAGGUUGGGUGUGGUAAUUGCAAUGUCCAGCUUGGCUUUGAUGGUGUUUGGGGUUAUAGGUGCAGUGUUUGGUAGAGCACCUGUAAAGAGGUCUUGUUUGAGGGUGUUAAUUGGUGAGUGGCUCGCUAUGACUACAACUUUUGGGUUGACCGAGUUUUUGUUUUUUUGA